UUAUAUAAUUUUUGUAGAGAAAAUGGAUGGAGAAAUGAAUGCAAAUAUUAACGAUCAUGAUUCUGCUUAUACUUCUCUUCAAUCUCUCCUCCCAUUACCUCCCCCGCCCUCUCUUUACCACCACCACCACCACCCUCCGCCGCCGCCGCCGAGUUUCUCCUUUUUCGCCGCUGAUAAUUUCUUCACUUCUAUCCCUUCAACAGAAACAACUUACCAUUACCCUGACGACCCAACGCUCAACUUCUUCGACUUAAACCACCUCCCACCACCUUCCUUUCAUCAUCGUUACGCCUCGCUUUUCAGCGGAACCAACAGUAACACACAAACCCUAGGUGUUCAGAAGAACAAGAGCAAGAAGAGAAUCGACAGGCAGAGAAUGAGCGAUAAGAUACGCGAGUUACGUAAGCUAAUGCCUUGGGACAAAAAAAUGGACACUGCUACUUUACUUGGUGAAGCUUUUAAGUAUGUCAAGUUCUUGCAAGCUCAAGUUCAAGCUCUCGAAACCAUGCCGUUUCUCGACAUGGAUGACUCCUCGUCUUCGUCGUUGUCUCCUCCGAGCGGUUAUUAUUAUUAUAACACGGAUAAUGCUGCUGAGAGUGAGGAUGAUGUGUCUGUUUGUGGUGGGACUAUGGGAUUGUUGAGUAGGCAACAGCUUUUGCAGAUUCUUUUGAACACUGGUGAGGCUCAGAACAGAUUGUAUUCGCAAGGGUGUUGUGUGUUCUCUAUUGAGCAGUUCAAGAAAUUUGUUGCUGAUCAGCAUGCAAGAGCAAGGGACUUGGCUGCUUUCUUGAAUCUUCAGUUUAAUCACAUUAAUUAAGGCUUGAUGGGUAUGUUUUGGAUGCUAGUUUUUUCUAUUAUAUUUUGAUCUUUAAAUGUUGGCCAGCUUAGAAAUUUAACCUUAAAACAAAAACAGAGAGCAAGUAUUGUAAAAACAAGGUUUUAAAUUUUGUUUAAUUUUGUUUAAUGUUUUGGGGUGACGAGUGUAAGUAUUGUGUAUUAGUUGCUCAUUGCCAAGGUACAGAAUAUGCAUAGCACAAUGAUGCCACUGAAUUUGUUACAUAGUACGAUACUGCUGCACUGUCGGUGUGUCUCAGAUAGAAACACAAAAAGCCAAACCAAUCCUUAGGCCCUUUUGUUUAAAUAAUUUGUUUAUCCCUUUUCAAAUAUUUGUUAUUUUUAGUCCUUUUAUUUAAUUUGUUCUGAUUUUUUA